UAUAAUCAUUUUAUUUAUCAAAGUUAUUGACCAGUAGUGGAUUUGUCCUCGUUAAUAAACAUGCAUUCUUCACUUUUAAUCGUGUUUCUUUGCUGCUGUUUUGUUAGACUGACACUGACCUCUGACUACUGUGGGGAUGGAUACUACUGCUACAGCGGAACAUACUGCUGUACAUACACAUAUAGCCCAAAUAGCUACUACUGCUGUGGGAUUGGAUCCGGUGGAAUAGCAGGAGUUGUGGUGAGUUCGAUAGUAUUAAUCAUCGUUAUCGUCGUCAUCGUGUUGUGCUGUCGUCGAUAUCGUCAGCCUACGUUCGUUCGGACUGGAGUGGUCAGCCCAGGAGUGACUGUGAUAGCCAGUGGUCAACAGAUGGGAAGUUUCCCUCAGUCAGCUCCCUACGGCCAGUACCCCGGGCAACCCACCCAGUAUCCCGGGCAACCAGCCCCAUAUCCAGGGCAACCAGGUUUCUACCCACAACCUCAGCCACAGUACACACAGUAAAGAGUAUUCGCAAGGUCGAAAACUCGAGCGUCAGGAAAAACAUAUGGUAAAACGGAGUUGUGGAAAUGAUCGUGAAAUUUAAAGAAUGUUUAAUGACACUGACUGUGUGCUGAAUUAUAAUGUAACCAUGGUGUUAACGACGCAUAAGUAUAUGAUUCUAUCAACCGUAAAAA